AGCAGUCCCUGAAGGCAUCAUUCCCUAGCAACACCAGUCUAACGUUAGCUUAGCUUCUCAGCCUAGAUUUUUCUGUGAACUUUCUUUGAAAAAUGCCAUGAAAGAAGGAUUAAAAAAGCGGAGAUAAACAACAGAAAGCCAAACAAUAUACAGGAAAAAGACAAACACAGAACUAUGACGGAAAUAAUCGGUUCUGGCGUCAAAGAGAAGUCGUUAUAUUUGAUACAAAUUCAAUAUCUGGAUGAGCGGUUGGAGAGAUGUCAGCUUGAAUGCCACAACCUGGAGAAACAGAACAAGGACCUCGUCUCUCAGUACGGAGCGCUGGAGAAGGACAAGAAAGACACCACUGAGCACCUGAAGCCCUUCGUGGUUGCAAAACAGAAGAUGGUGGACGAGCUGGCUGAGCAGCUGGCUGAGCAGCAGCAGGCUGCCGAGCAGGAGCGAGAGGCCCUGAAGCUGCAGCACAGCCAGCAGAUACAGGAGCUGCAGGAACAAGUCGACAGACUUAACUCAGAGAGCGUGAUGCGGGCGGCAAGGUUUGAGGAGCAGCAGGAGCAGCUGAUGCAGUGGAUGCAGCAGCUGUCCGACAAAGAGCCUCUGAAGAAGCAGCUGGUCAGUCAGAAGGAAGAGCAUGAAGCUGCCAUCCACAGCCUGAAGAAGGAAGCAGAGUUGGGGAUGAAAAAGAUGAUUGAGAAGAGGCAGAAAGCAGUGGACGAUUGCGUUAAGAUGGAGACCUCCAACAUUCUUAAGAAGGAGAGGGCCCAGCACAGCGAGCGGUCGAGGCAGCUCCGGUUCCUGCGGAUCGAGGCCGUGGCCCUGCAGAAGGAGAAGGACGCCCUGCAAGGCAGAGAGAAUGAUCUAUUCAUUGAGUUGGACGACCUGAAGAAAGAUUUCAACAAGAUCACACAGGAGAGCUUCACCCGCAAGAAGGAGGUGGAGCAGCUGACGAAGAAGUGCCAACAACUGGAGGUGGAGCUAACGGACUGUAGCAUCACCCACAAGCACCUGAUGGCCAAGGAAGAGACUCUCAGGCAGGAGCUGGCCUCAGUGUCCAAAGAGUGCUGUCGAAAAAUAUCAGAGACAGAUCAGCUGGCGGCCGAGCUACAGAGGGAAAGGAGCAGGAAGAGGCAGCUGGAAGGCGUCAUGCAGGAAGCAGUCAUCAUUAUCAGAAACAUCCAGGAGGACUCAGAGAAGGGGUCCGAGACUCAAUGGAAGAUGCAGAGGCUGCUGGAGGUCCUGGAGAGCACUGCCCCCCAGGGAACAGGCUCCGCCCUCAGGGACUCCACUGAGAAGAGCAGUCGAGGACAGAAACUGCAGACCACUGGCCCCAAACCAGUCAGAGCAGAGACCCUGAACCUGGCCACAGAUCCGUUGUUCCUGAUGGCUCGCUACAGGCCAGGCGACCUCGGCCUCGUACCUCGACCCACGUGGAAACACAAACCAGCCAUCUCCAGGACGGGUGCCCCGUCCACCAGCACCCAGCUGCCUCUCAACAGGAAACUCUGCAGUCACAAGACAUCCAGCUCUGUUGACCCGUCUGACCCGGCUCCUCAGCCUGACCAGUCUGACCCGGCUCCUCAGCCUGACCAGUCUGACCCGGCUCCUCAGCCUGACCCGUCUGACCCGGCUCCUCAGCCUGACCCGUCUGAUCCUCCUCAGCAGGCUGAUUCAGAGGCAGGAGCCUCCACCUCUGCAGACUGCUGAACCAAAUCCAGUCAAUAGUAAGAAGGAUGAAUGUUUUUCAUCCCACCGCCCUAUUUCAAAAUAAAGGUUUUACUCACUUUAA